UCCAUCACGUCCUACCCCCUCCACUCUCUCCUCCCCCAGACCGAGUCCGUCCGUGGUCCCAGACUCUACUGGCCCCGGCCACCUCAUUUUAAUACCCAAUUGACUCGUUCUCGACGUGGUGCUGCCACCUCCCUCCUGCCGCACAAUGUUUCUUCGCUCCGUCGCUCGCGCUGUGCCUCGCACCCCGGCCGCCACCCGCGCUGGUCCCAUUGCCUCUGUGAAUGCCCUGCAGACUCGCUUUGCCUCCGAACAUGCCAUCUCGAACCCUACCCUCGCCGGUAUCGAGAAGCGCUGGGAGGGCAUGCCUCCUCAGGAGCAGGCCGAGCUGUGGAUGCAGCUCCGCGAUCGCAUGAAGGUUGACUGGCACCAGAUGACCCUCCACGAGAAGAAGGCCGCCUACUGGAUCGCCUUCGGCCCCCACGGCCCCCGUGCCCAGGCACCCAAGGGUGAGGGCUGGAAGAUCUUCUUCAAGGUGACCCAGCUCACCCUCGCCUCCGUCGGUGUCUUCUACCUUAUCCACUUCUUCGGCAAGCCCAUGCCCAAGACCAUGUCCAAGGAGUGGCAGGAGGCCUCCAACGAAUAUGCCAAGGCCGAGAAGAUCAACCCCAUCCACGGCGUCAGCAAGCCCGACUACGAGGGCCAGGGCUUCGUCCAGAGCCCCCCCGCCGAGAAACAAUAGAUGGGCUAGAUGCCUGGAGGAUGAACAGAGUGCAGAUAUCGGCGCCGGGCGGGGCUGGGAUUCGAUUGUCGCACGUCCAUCAGAGAGCCCUGAGGGUUUAUACCCGGGGCAUGAUUCU